CACGAUAAUCCAAGAUAGAUUGCUUACGCUGCCCAUCCCGGCGUUAGGUUAACCAGAUAACAAGCUGAGCCACCCCAUGUACUCAAAUCAACUACGGUUCGUGGUAUGCUGUUAUUCACGCUACCUGAAGCCUAGCCACCCUUCAAAUAUCAAAGAUUGAUCGUUGGGUUCAACCACGCGACAACACGUGGCGGGCGGUUUGCGCACUUCAACAUCGAAUUCAAGUCCAUGCAGGAUACGGCAUUGAAGAAUGGAGAGGCUGUUGGGAGCGACCAGGAUAUGCGUGGCCUUUUUCUGUGUGUUGCAGGCAGCCUGGUGCUGUGGUCAAGGAACAAACACUACGGCCAUACUGAACAGCAUCCUUCGGGACUACGACAGAAGACUCCGACCUAAUGACACAGGUUCACCGGUUAGCGUCAAGAUCAAUGUCUACAUCGAAAGCAUGGAGGGCAUUCGCGAAUCCACCAUGGAUUUUGCUAUCACUAUGUAUUUUCGGAUGUUCUGGCGAGACCCUCGACUCUCAUUCGAGGGGAACCAGACUAUCAUCUUCAAAAGUGGUGAUAUGGACAACCUCUGGAUCCCAGACGUGGUCUUCUUGUAUGAGAAACAAGCCAAGGUCCACACGGUGACCCAGAUAAACAGACUGCUCCGUGUUCAGCCAGACGGUAACGUGGCCUCCAGCUCCAGGGUCAGCGCAACGCUAUCAUGCAACAUGAUGCUACAGCAGUUUCCAAUGGACAGGCAGAAAUGCACAAUCGUCAUGAGCAGCUACGCCUACAGCACUCGAGAUGUGAUCCUGUACGUGGAGGAGGGCUCCAUUCAAAUCGAACCGGGUAUCACGAUUCCAAAGUUCUCUUUAACAGGUUCGGAAUUUUCCAACGAAGAAGCCAUUUACUUACUUGGAAAUUACAGCACGCCCAAGUUUCACUUUUACUUCAUGCGGCAGACGGAGUCGUACUUCCUCACCGUGUACAUUCCUACCAUGGUACUUGUCAGCAUCGCCUGGCUAUCUUUCUGGAUUGACGCCAAAGCAGCCCCCGCGCGCGUUGCCCUGGGUAUAACUACGGUCCUGACAGUGACCACCAUGACAGCCGGCAUACAGGAGACGCUACCGGUCGUCACCUACGCGAAGGCCAUCGACAUUUGGCUGGCUGUGUGUCUGCUUUUCGUGUUCUUCUCUUUGUUGGAGUUUGGAAUGGCAAAUUAUCUACUCGUCGUACAGACACGAAGAGAGAAGAGUCUGGCUGGUGACAUCGAACAGUCCCCCGCGAAGGAAAUGGAGCGCAAUUUGCAGAUCGAGACCGUUGGUGAUGGUGGCCGUUGCUGCUCCAGUCUGUGGACGGCCAAUCGACUGGACUGCGUGGCCCGCUGGGCCUAUCCCGCAGCCUUUCUCGUGUUCAAUGCGUUCUAUUGGAUCUACUUCUUAGCGUUUAACAAGGCAAAUGCUAAACAGCACUAGCAUAAAACACUGGCACAUCAAUCUGAAACAGAAUACCUUGAUGUGUUUACCGUUUGUAAAUACGUCCCACUUUCAGGUUUGUUCUUAGACCAGAGCUGUAGACACACAAUAAGCGUAAGGUUGGAGAAUGUACACACCAUUAAGGAUUUCUCUUUGUAAAAGUAACGCUGAAAAACACCACGCAACUUUCAAACUUCCUCGUCAAAGUGGGGAGCUAAAUAAAGUGACUGUACCCAAAGCCAUAUCAUAGGUUUUCCCAGUUAAUUUUGCACUUCAUUCAUGUAAAAUUGCUUAAAAGAAAGUUUAAUUUCGUCAAAGAAUGGUCACUCGCCCCAAAUGUUGAUUGUAAUUUCUAAAUCACGCCACUAGA